AUGCGCCAUACGUUGGCCUCUCUUUGGCAGCCUGGUAAGGGAGUUUAUAUUAAAGAGUUAGACACUAAUAGAUAUCUCUUUCAAUUCUACCAUGAAAUUGAUGUUCAAACCGUUAUUGAUGGGAGUCCAUGGACGUUCAACCGAAUGCCGCUUGUGUUUCAUCGACUGAAAAGAGGAGAGGACCCUAGGGUGGUUUCGCUGCAUGAGAUUGAUAUGUGGGUUCAGCUUCAUGAUCUAAAAUAUGGGUUUAUGUCGGAAUGGGUGGUUAAACAUGCUGGGAAUUACAUAGGAACUUUUAUCAAAUCGGAUGCGAAAAAUUUUAUUGGUGUUUGGCGUGACUAUCUGAGGGUGCGGGUUACUGUUGACAUCAACAAACCUUUGAAGAGACGUAUGAAGUUGAUCAAACAAGAUGGCUCUUGGCUUUGGACUACAUUUAAGUACGAACAUGUUCCUACAUUCUGCUUUGUAUGUGGUUUCAUUGGCCAUUCGGAAAGGCUGUUACAAGGAAGAAGAACUACCUUAUCGGAGCACAAUGGCUACGUUCAGGGCGUGAGGAGGAGGACGGUGGCCUCUGCAGGUGGUGGACGAUCGCCAAGCAUGGCUGGGGUGCAAGAAUCUUUUGACCCUACAAUCGUGCGAUCUGAUGGAACUAAUUUUGGAAGUAAUGGGGGAGCUAAUUCUGGAAGUAAUGGGGGAGCAAUUCGGGUAGUAAAUCAAGGUGAUAAUUUAGGAAAGAAUAUUAUGGCUAGUAAUGAGGAUCAAGGCAAUAAAGAUGAUCAUGAUCAUGUGGACAUUCCUAUUGAAGAUCCUAUCCUAAUAUUGGACAAUAAAAGGAGGCGUACGGUUAAGGAAAUUUUGAGGGAGGUCAUGACGUGA